CACCUUUUUCCCGUCCCCGCCUGGGAAAAGAAGCACAGUUACAGCUCUUGCUCCCCCACGAAUCCGCGAAACUCGAACCGCUCUUGAAAGGCACGCGCCCAGACACCGCGAAGCAUGCGGUUCUCAAUCGCGGGGCCGGCACUGCUCCUGCUGGCCGCCGGAGAGAUUGCACUGGCGGCAUCGGCCACCGCCGCAGAUUACUUCGUCAGGAAUCUUCCGGGGAAACCGAAGGACUCGCUCAUUAAGAUGCAUGCUGGCCAUAUCGAAGUCGACCCAGAAAACAACGGCCACCUCUUCUUUUGGCAUUUCCAGAACAAACAUAUCGCGCAACGGCAGCGGACGGUGAUAUGGCUCAACGGCGGGCCAGGCUGCUCCUCGAUGGAUGGAGCUCUGAUGGAGAUUGGGCCGUAUCGCCUGAAGGAUGAGAAUACGUUGGUCGAGAAUCCAGGGUCCUGGCAUGAGUUUGCCAACGUGCUGUUCGUCGACCAGCCGGUCGGCACCGGGUUCUCGUACGUCAACACGGAUCACUACCUCACCGAGCUCGACCAGAUGGCGGAUCAGUUUAUGGUCUUCCUGACAAAGUUCUUUGAGCUGUUUCCCGAGUACGAGGAGGAUGACAUUUACAUUGCUGGGGAGUCGUAUGCCGGGCAACACAUUCCCUACAUCGCGGAAGCGAUCCUGAAGCACAAUGACAAGAGGGACACGACGAAGUGGAACUUGAAGGGGUUAGUCAUCGGGAAUGGCUGGAUCGACCCGGAGCCCCAGUAUCUUUCCUACACGACAUUCGCGUACAAGCAUGGACUCCUCGUGAAGGACUCGAACAAGGCCAAGCUCAUCGAGAUGCAGCUGUCGAUCUGCAUGAAGGAUCUUGCACGCGGCGGCGCGGAUCACGUCGAUACGCUGUCGUGCGAGAACGUGCUCAACGAUAUUCUCACCAAGACGCAGCACAAGAAUGACAAGGGAGAGAACGUCUGCUGGAACAUGUACGACGUCCGGAAAACCGAUACCUACCCAUCGUGCGGCAUGAACUGGCCCCCGGAUCUCUCGAGCGUCGGACCUUACCUCCGCCGCAAGGACGUGAUCAAAGCCCUUCACAUCAACUCCGACAAAAAGUCCGGCUGGGUCGAGUGUGCCGGAGCUGUCUCGUCGUCCUUCAAAGCCCGCCACUCCAAGCCCUCCGUCAAGCUCCUCCCCGGCCUCCUCGAGAAAAUCCCAAUAAUCCUCUUCUCCGGCGACCAAGACCUGAUCUGCAACCACAUCGGCACUGAGGAGCUGAUCAACAACCUCAAAUGGAACGGCGGCAAAGGCUUCGAGCUUUCCCCCGGCAACUGGGCGCCCCGCGAGAACUGGAUGUUCGAAGGCAAGCCCGCGGGUAUAUACCAGUCUGCGCGAAACCUCACCUACGUGCUGUUCUACAACUCGUCGCACAUGGUGCCGUUCGACGUUCCGCACGCCAGCAGGGACAUGCUGGACCGGUUCAUGGAGGUUGACAUCGCCACCAUCGGCGGCGACCCGAAGGACUCACAGAUCAACGGCCAGAAGGGCCCUCUGAUCGCCGUGGGCAACCACCCGAACUCCACCGCGGCGAAGGAGGUCGAGAAGGCGCGGAUUCAGGCGGCACGGUGGGACGCCUACUACCGCUCCGGCGAGGUGGCGCUGAUACUCGUCGCCUCUGCCGCCGUCAUCUGGGGGAUCUUUAUCUGGCGGCAGCGGCAGAAGCGGAACCGUCUCGGGUACAAGGGGGUGCGCAGCGAUGUGGGGCUCGAGGACGGGCGCGAGUGGGACGAGGGCCAGCUCGAGGACUUGGCGCCGCGGCGGGAACGGAGGAAGUCGCUGGACGAGGCGGAGAGGUACUCGCUCGGCGGCGAGAGCAGCGAUGACGAUGAUCAUCUCGGCAAGGGUAAGGGGAAGGCGUAGUGUAGAGAGACCGGGUGUAUGCGAGUGAUUGAUUGGUUGUGCGUUACUUUAACUUACUUUACUUUGCUUACUUUAUGCAUCGCUUUGCGUGUUGGAAUCUUUUUCUUUGUCUCUGCUUCUUCGAGUUUCCCAUCCAUGUAUUACAUACACACACGCGACCGAUGCAGUGCGACUUGCAAGGAAAUACUUUUGGAAUCGCUAGGGAGGGCGGACGGUGGUGAUGAGAUGUGGUGAACUACUGGGGUGCAGUGAAUCAUGCCAUGCCCACGCGGGUUGGUCCGCCGGAUUGUCGCGGUAGAAAUUGACGC